CUGCUUUUCUGUCACUGCUGUGAGAUCACCAGUCCCGGGUACCGGCUCCAGGAGCCUAUGCUGCAACGGACAAGUGAAGGGGUCCCCCCCAAGAGCGCAGGGCUGCUGAGGGGUGCUUACCCUGCCUGAGACACUUCCUUUACCGGGGUUGGGACUGAGCAGGUUCAGAGUGCAGCAGCCAGCCGCCACCACGCUCUUCCAGCUUCCUGAGUGAUGCCAGCUCAGCGCGCCCGGACGUCUGUUCUCACUCUCCUGGUGUUGCUCGGCACAGCCAGAGCGGGCCCUUUCUCUCCUCGUUCCAAUGCCACCCUCCCCGCCCCACGGCCCCCUCCCCAGCCAGGGGGCCCCUCUUCUCAGCUGUACGAGCACACCGUGGAAGGCGGGGAGAAGCAGGUGGUGUUCACGCACCGCAUUAACCUGCCCCCUUCAGCUGGCUGUGGCUGCCCCCCGGGCACGGAACCCCCGGUGCCUGCUUCAGAGGUGCAGGCCCUGAAGGUCCGUCUGGAGAUCCUGGAGGAGUUGGUGAAACGGCUCAAGGAGCACUGCUCAGGAGGGUGCUGUCCCACGGCCGCCCAGGCUGGCACGGGCCAGACCGAUGUGCGCAGCCUCUGCAGCCUCCAUGGUGUCUUUGACCUGAGCCGCUGCGCCUGUUCCUGCGAGCCUGGCUGGGGUGGACCCACCUGCUCGGACCCCACGGACACCAAGCCGUCCACCUCGUCCCCACCCUCAGCCUCCAGGACCUGUCCCGAUGACUGCAACGACCAGGGUCGCUGCGUCCGAGGACGCUGCGUGUGCUUCCCCGGCUACAGCGGGCCCAGUUGCGGCUGGCCCUCUUGCCCCGGAGAUUGUCAGGGGCGCGGGCGCUGCGUGCAGGGUGUGUGCGUGUGUCGCGCUGGCUUCUCGGGCCCCGACUGCAGCCAGCGCUCCUGCCCUCGCAACUGCAAUCAGAGAGGACGCUGCGAGGAAGGGCGCUGCGUGUGCGACCCCGGCUACUCCGGUGAGGACUGUGGGGUGCGGAGCUGCCCCCGGGGCUGCAGCCAGAAGGGCCGAUGCGAGAAUGGACGCUGCGUGUGCAACCCCGGCUACUCGGGCGAGGACUGUGGGGUGCGGAGCUGUCCCCGGGGCUGCAGCCAGAGAGGCCGCUGUGAGGACGGCCGCUGCGUGUGCGACCCUGGCUACAGCGGUGAGGACUGCGACGUGCGGAGCUGCCCGCGGGACUGUGGCGAGGGAGGGCGCUGCGUGGACGGCCGCUGCGUGUGCUGGCCCGGGUACUCGGGCGAAGACUGCAGCACGAGGACCUGCCCGCGUGACUGCCGUGGCCGUGGCCGCUGCGAGGACGGGGAAUGCAUCUGUGACGCCGGCUACAGCGGCGACGACUGCGGCGUGCGCAGCUGCCCGGGGGACUGCAGCCAGAGAGGCCACUGCGAGGACGGCCGCUGCGUGUGCUGGCCCGGGUACACAGGGGCGGACUGCAGCGCGCGCGCCUGCCCACGGGACUGCAGGGGCCGUGGGCGCUGCGAGGACGGCGUGUGCGUGUGCCAGGCGGGCUACAGCGGCGAGGACUGCGGCGUGCGCAACUGUCCCGGGGACUGUCGCGGCCGGGGAAGCUGCGAGAACGGCCGCUGCGUGUGCUGGCCCGGGUACACAGGCCGGGACUGCGGCACGCGCGCCUGCCCUGGCGACUGCCGCGGGCGCGGGCGCUGCGUGGACGGCCGCUGCGUGUGCAACGUGGGCUUCACCGGCGAGGACUGCGGGAGCCGUCGGUGCCCCGGGGACUGCCGCGGGCACGGCCACUGCGAUGACGGCGUGUGCGUGUGUGCCGCGGGCUACUCAGGGGAGGACUGCAGCACCCGCAGCUGUCCCAGCGGCUGCAGGGGCCGCGGCCGGUGCCUGGACGGGCUCUGUGAGUGCGAUGAUGGCUACACGGGCGAGGACUGCGGCGUGAGGCGGUGCCCGCGCGACUGCAGCCAGCACGGCGUGUGCCACGAUGGCUCGUGCGUGUGCCACGCGGGCUACGCGGGCGAAGACUGCAGUCUCCGCACCUGCCCGACUGACUGCAACCGGCGCGGCCGCUGUGAGGACGGGCGCUGUGUGUGCGACCCAGGCUACACCGGCCUCGCCUGUGCCACUCGCACGUGCCCAGCUGAUUGCCGUGGCCGCGGGCGCUGCGUGCAGGGAGUGUGCCUAUGCUACGCCGGCUACAGCGGUGAGGACUGCGGGCAGGAGGAGCCUCCUGCCAGCGCCUGCCCUGGGGGCUGCGGGCCCCGGGAACUGUGCCGUGCAGGCCAAUGUGUGUGUGUCGAGGGCUUCCGAGGCCCAGACUGUGCCAUCCAGACAUGCCCAGGUGACUGUCGCGGCAGGGGGGAGUGUCUCCAGGGCAGAUGCAUCUGCCAAGACGGCUAUGCUGGGGACGACUGCGGGGAAGAGGUACCAGCCAUCCAGAACGUGAGGAUGCAUCUGCUGGAGGAGACGACUGUUCGGACAGAGUGGACCCGGGCCCCUGGUCCUGUGGAUGCCUACGAAAUCCAGUUCAUCCCCACGACUGAGGGGGCGAGCCCACCAUUCACAGCUCGGGUGCCCAGCUCUGCCUCAGCCUAUGACCAGAGAGGACUGGCCCCUGGUCAGGACUACCAGGUCACUGUCCGUGCUCUACGAGGGACCAGCUGGGGUCCUCCAGCCUCCAAGACCAUCACUACCAUGAUCGACGGCCCUCAGGACCUCCGAGUGGUGGCUGUGACCCCGACCACACUGGACCUCAGCUGGCUGCGCCCCCAGGCUGAGGUGGACCGAUUCGUGGUGUCCUACGUCAGUGCCGGCAACCAAAGGGUGCGGCUGGAAGUGCCCCCCGAGGCGGACAGGACUCAGCUAACCGACCUGAUGCCGGGCGUGGAGUACGUGGUGACUGUCACUGCAGAACGAGGCCGUGCAGUCAGCUACCCGGCUUCCGUCAGGGCGAACACAGACAGGGCUGAGGAGCAGCCUGGGAAGCCAUCGGUCCCGCCACGCCUGGGUGAGCUGUCAGUGUCCAGCCUGACCUCUGACUCCCUGCUGCUGCACUGGACUGUCCUGGAGGGGGAGUUUGACUCCUUCGUCAUCCAGUAUAAGGACAAAGACGGGCCCCAGGUGAUACCCGUGGAGGGACCGCAGCGCUCAGCCCCUGUUACGUCCUUGGAACCGGGGCGCAAGUACAGAUUUAUCCUGUACGGGCUCAUCGGCAAGAAGAGGCAUGGCCCCUUGGUGGCCGAAGCCAAGAUCUUGCUUCAGAGCGACCCCAGCCCAGGAUCCCCACCCCGCCUGGGAGAGCUGUGGGUAACCGACCCUACCCCGGACUCACUGCACCUCUCUUGGACGGUCCCUGAGGGCCAGUUUGACUCCUUCAUGGUCCAGUACAGAGACAGGGAAGGACGGCCCCUCGUGGUACCAGUGGAGGGGCCUGAGCGUUCAGUGGUGGUCUCCCCGCUGGACCCCAACCACAAGUACAGAUUCACUCUGUACGGGAUUGCCAAUAAGAAGCGGUACGGGCCCCUCACCGCUGACGGCACUACCGCCCCAGCAAAGAAAGAGGGAUUGUCGGAACAGCCCCUCCUGGGGGAGCUGACGGUGACUGGCACCACCCCAGACUCCCUGCGUCUGUCGUGGACCGUGGCCCAGGGUCCCUUUGACUCCUUCGCCAUCCAGUACAAGGACGCACAGGGGCAGCCCCAGACGGUGCCCGUUGCGGGGGAUGAGAACGAGGCCACUGUCCCUGGCCUGGAGUCCAACAGGAAGUAUAAGAUGAACCUCUACGGGCUUCGUGGCAGGCAGCGCGUGGGGCCCGCGUCUGUAGUGGCCAAAACGGCUCCAGAGCACAUGGUGGACCAGCACCCGAGCCCCCCAGAGCCCAGCACCGAGGCCCCACAGUCCCUCGAGAAGCCACACCUAGGAGAGCUGACUGUGACAGGCGCCACCCCUGACUCCCUGAGCCUCUCCUGGACAGUCCCCGAGGGACGGUUUGACCAGUUCGUGAUCCAGUACAAGAACGGGGAUGGGCAGCCCAAGGUGGUGCGGGUGCCAGGACACGAGGACCAGGUCACCAUCCCCGGCCUGGAGCCAGACCACAAGUACAAGAUGAACCUGUACGGCAUCCACAGCGGCCAGCGUGUGGGCCCCGUGUCUGCUGUCGGGGUGACGGAAUCACAACCAGGAGGAGAGACCCCGGCCAUCGAGCCCCCGCUUGAGCCACGCCUGGAGGAGCUGACCGUGACCGGUGUAACCCCCAAUUCUGUGAGCCUCUCCUGGACGGUCCCUGAGGGGCAGUUCGAUUCCUUCAUGGUCCAGUACAAGGACAGGGAUGGGCAGCCCCAGGAGGUGCCCGUGGCCUCAGACCAGCGCAAGGUCACCAUCCUCGACUUGGAUCCUGCAAGAAAAUACAAGAUGAACUUCUAUGGUCUGCAUGGCAGAAGGCGUGUGGGCCCCCUCUCUGUGUUGGCAGUGACAGACCCCCUCCUGCCAGCCACUGAGGCCUCCAAGCUGGAGCCACACCUGGGGGAGCUGACCGUGACGGACGUGACCCCCGACUCCGUGGGCCUCUCCUGGACUGUCCCUGAGGGCGAGUUCGACUCCUUCCUGGUCCAGUACAAGGACAGAGAUGGCCAGCCCCAAGUGGUGCCUGUGUCAGCAAACCAGCGAGAGGUCACCAUCCCAGGCCUGGAGCCCUCCCGCAAGUACAAGUUCCUGCUCUUCGGGGUCCGAGAUGGGCGACGACGCGGUCAGGUCUCUGUGGAAACAAAGACAGCCGCCCGAGAUGACACCGGCCCAGGGGUCCUUGCCCGCCUUGGGGAGCUACAGGUGACGGAUCCUACGACAGAUUCCCUGCGCCUGUCCUGGACGGUCCCCGAAGGCCACUUUGACUCUUUUAUGGUCCAGUUCAAGGACAAGGGUGGGCCCCGGCUGGUGCCGGUAGAUGGUGGAGAGCGCACGGCCACCGUCACGGCCCUGGACGCGGGCCGCAAGUACUGGUUCCUCCUCUACGGGCUUCAGGGAAAGAAGCGCUUUGGCCCCCUCACCGCAGAGGGCACCACAGAGCCCAGGAGCACCGUGGACCACACUGGAGUAAAGUCCCCGCCAAAACCCCGCCUGGGGGAGGAGCUGCGGGUGACUGGUGUGACGCGGGACUCUGUGGACCUCUCCUGGACAGUCUCCGAGGGCCAGUUUGAUUCCUUUGUCGUCCAAUACAAAGACAGGGACGGGCAGUCCCAGGUGGUGCCUCUGGGGGGCGACCACAGAGAGGUCAGGGUCUCUGGCCUGGACCCGGGUCACAGGUACAAGCUGCUGCUCUAUGGCCUCCGAGAAAGCAAGCGUGUGGGGUCCAUUUCUGUCAUCGCUGUGACUGGCCCCAAAGAAACAACAGAAGCCUGGACAGAGGUCCCCACAACUUCAACGCCCUCAGCUGUGCCCCGCCUCAGGGGGCUGAGGGUGGAGGAGGCCACGCCUCACAGCCUGCAUCUCUCCUGGGUGGUGACUGAGGGAGAAUUCAACUCCUUCGAGAUCCAGUACAGUGACAGAGACGGGCGACCCAAAGUGGUCAGGACAGGGGGUGACCAGAGUGAUAUCACUCUUACCGGCCUGGAAUCUGACCACAGAUACCUGGUAACCCUGUACGGGUUCCAUGAUGGGCACCGCGUGGGCUCUGCUCAAAUCGAGGCCCUGACAGUGCCGUGGGAGGAGGAGCCCACAGAGCCACCCAUCAUGACUCCGGAGCCCAAGCCACACCUGGGCGAGCUGACUGUGACAGACGCCACCCCUGACUCCCUGAGCCUCUCCUGGACAGUCCCUGAGGGACGGUUUGACCAGUUUGUGAUCCAGUACAAGAACGGGGACGGGCAGCCCAAGGUGGUGCGGGUGCCAGGACACGAGGACCAGGUCACCAUCCCCGGCCUGGAGCCAGACCACAAGUACAAGAUGAACCUGUACGGCAUUCACGGCGGCCAGCGUGUGGGCCCCGUGUCUGCUGUCGGGGUGACGGCUGCAGAGGAAGAGACCCCCGGCCCCACAGAGCCCAGCACAGAGGCCCCGGAGCCCCGCGAGGAGCCGCUCCUGGGGGAGCUGACUGUGACGGGAGCCUCCCCAGACUCCCUGAGCCUGUCCUGGACCGUGCCCCGGGGAGACUUUGACUCCUUCACUGUGCAGUACAAGGACGGCGAGGGGCGGCCCCAGGUGGUGCGUGUCGGGGGCCAGGAGAGGGAGGUCACCGUGAGAGACCUGGAGCCUGGGCGCAAAUACAAGAUGAACCUGUAUGGACUCCGUGAGGGUCAGCGCGUGGGCCCCGUGUCCACCGUGGGCGUGACCGACCCGGAGGUAGAGCCUACUGAUGCCCCUUCCCCGAAGCCACACCUAGGAGAGCUGACUGUGACAGAUGCCACCCCUGACUCCCUGAGCCUCUCCUGGACAGUCCCCGAGGGACGGUUUGACCAGUUCGUGAUCCAGUACAAGAACGGGGACGGGCAGCCCAAGGUGGUGCGGGUGCCAGGACACGAGGACCAGGUCACCAUCCCCGGCCUGGAGCCAGACCACAAGUACAAGAUGAACCUGUACGGCAUCCACGGCGGCCAGCGUGUGGGCCCCGUGUCUGCUGUCGGGGUGACGGCUGCAGAGGAAGAGACCCCCGGCCCCACAGAGCCCAGCACAGAGGCCCCGGAGCCCCGCGAGGAGCCGCUCCUGGGGGAGCUGACUGUGACGGGAGCCUCCCCAGACUCCCUGAGCCUGUCCUGGACCGUGCCCCGGGGAGACUUUGACUCCUUCACUGUGCAGUACAAGGACGGCGAGGGGCGGCCCCAGGUGGUGCGCGUCGGGGGCCAGGAGAGGGAGGUCACCGUGAGAGACCUGGAGCCUGGGCGCAAAUACAAGAUGAACCUGUAUGGACUCCGUGAGGGUCAGCGCAUGGGCCCCGUGUCCACCGUGGGCGUGACCGAUCCAGCAGAGGAAGCCAUGACCACACAAGUGGUGCCUAUCGUGACCACUGGACCUCCUCCAGAGAGGCCGCACCUGGGCGAGCUGACUGUGACAGCCGCCACCUCUGACUCCCUGAGCCUCUCCUGGACAGUCCCCGAGGGACGGUUUGACCAGUUCGUGAUCCAGUACAAGAACGGGGACGGGCAGCCCAAGGUGGUGCGGGUGCCAGGACACGAGGACCAGGUCACCAUCCCCGGCCUGGAGCCGGACCACAAGUACAAGAUGAACCUGUACGGCAUCCACAGCGGCCAGCGUGUGGGCCCCGUGUCUGCUGUCGGGGUGACGGCUGCAGAGGAAGAGACCCCCGGCCCCACAGAGCCCAGCACAGAGGCCCCGGAGCCCCGCGAGGAGCCGCUCCUGGGGGAGCUGACUGUGACGGGAGCCUCCCCAGACUCCCUGAGCCUGUCCUGGACCGUGCCCCGGGGAGACUUUGACUCCUUCACUGUGCAGUACAAGGACGGCGAGGGGCGGCCCCAGGUGGUGCGCGUCGGGGGCCAGGAGAGGGAGGUCACCGUGAGAGACCUGGAGCCUGGGCGCAAAUACAAGAUGAACCUGUAUGGACUCCAUGAGGGUCAACGUGUGGGCCCCGUGUCCACCGUGGGUGUGACUGAUCCAGAGGAGGAAGAAACCACGACCACGCAGACGGUGCCCACCGCAACUCCUACGAAACCCAUCCUGGGCGAGCUGACUGUGACAGACGCCACCCCUGACUCCCUGAGCCUCUCCUGGACAGUCCCCGAGGGACGGUUUGACCAGUUCGUGAUCCAGUACAAGAACGGGGACGGGCAGCCCAAGGUGGUGCGGGUGCCAGGACACGAGGACCAGGUCACCAUCCCCGGCCUGGAGCCAGACCACAAGUACAAGAUGAACCUGUACGGCAUUCACGGCGGCCAGCGUGUGGGCCCCGUGUCUGCUGUCGGGGUGACGGCUGCAGAGGAAGAGACCCCCGGCCCCACAGAGCCCAGCACAGAGGCCCCGGAGCCCCGCGAGGAGCCGCUCCUGGGGGAGCUGACUGUGACGGGAGCCUCCCCAGACUCCCUGAGCCUGUCCUGGACCGUGCCCCGGGGAGACUUUGACUCCUUCACUGUGCAGUACAAGGACGGCGAGGGGCGGCCCCAGGUGGUGCGUGUCGGGGGCCAGGAGAGGGAGGUCACCGUGAGAGACCUGGAGCCUGGGCGCAAAUACAAGAUGAACCUGUAUGGACUCCGUGAGGGUCAGCGCGUGGGCCCCGUGUCCGCCGUGGGCGUGACCGCCCCCCUGCCUACAGAGCUCCCCACAGAGCCCCGCCUGGGGGAGCUGGCUGUGGGAGAAGUGACGUCCAGUACUGUGCACCUGUCCUGGACCGUGGCCCAGGGCCCCUUUGACUCCUUCCUGGUCCAGUACAAGGAUGCGCAGGGCCAGCCUCAGACGGUGCCUGUGAGCAGAGACCUGGCUGAGGUCACCAUCUCAGGUUUGGACCCGGCCCACAAGUACAAGUUUCUGCUCUUUGGACUCCAGGGCGGGAAGCGCCACGGCCCUGUCUCCGUGGAUGCAAAGACCGACACAAAGCGCCUUCCUAGUCUUGGGGAGCUGACCAUGACGGACGUGACCCAGAACUCUGUGGGUCUCUCCUGGACUGUCCCUGAGGGCGAGUUCGACUCCUUCCUGGUCCAGUACAAGGACAGGGCGGGGCAGCUCCAGGUGGUGCCUGUGCCAGCAGACCAGCGUGAGGUCACCGUCCCCGGCCUGGAGCCCAAUAGAAAAUACAAGUUUCUGCUCUACGGCCUGGCAGGCCGCAAACGACUGGGCCCCGCCUCUGCGGAGGGCGCCACAGCACCCCUGGAGAAGACACCACAGCCCCGCCUUGGUGAACUGUCGGUGACAGGAGAGACCCCUGACUCUCUGCGCCUCUCGUGGACGGUGGCACAGGGCGCCUUUGACUCCUUCCUGGUCCAGUACAAGGACAGGGACGGGCAGCCCCAGACGGUGGCCGUGGCUGCAGGCCAGAAUGAGGUCACCGUAGAGGGUCUGCAGCCUCGCAGGAAGUACAAGUUUCUGCUCUACGGACUUGCUGGAGGGAAGCGCCUGGGGCCCAUCUCUGCCCUGGGAGUGACAGCCCCGGGAGAGGACGACGUGCCGUCGACCCCAAGUCCCACUGAGCCCCCUGAAGCCCUGCCCCGCCUGGGGACGCUGACGGUGACCGAGGCGACCCCGGACUCCUUGCGCCUCUCCUGGGGUGUGGCCCGUGGGCCCUUUGACUCCUUUGUGGUCCAGUACGAGGACGCGGAGGGCCAACCCCAGGCUCUGCUUGUGGACGGAGACCAGGACAAGGUCCUCGUCUCAGGGCUGGAGCCCAGCACGUCCUACACGUUCUCCCUCUAUGGCCUCCGCGAAGGGACGCGGCAUGGGCCCGUCUCUGCAGAGGGCACCACAGGUCCGGUUCCUGCCGGCCAGACCCCAGGGGACCCGGGCCCCCGCCUGUCCCAGCUGUCGGUGACAGAUGUGACCACUAGCUCUCUGCGGCUGAGCUGGGAGGCCCCGCUUGGGGCCUUUGACACCUUCCUGAUCCGCUUUGGAGUCCCCUCGCCAAGCACCCUGGAGCCCUACCCUCGUCCUCCGGCCCAGCGAGAGCUGACGGUGCCGGGGACACAGCGCUCGGCUGUGCUUCGGGACCUGCAUCCUGGGACCCUGUACGGCCUGACUCUGUACGGGCUGCGUGGGCCCCACAAGGCAGACAGCAUCCAGGGCACCGCCCGCACCCUCAGCCCAGUUCUGGAGAGCCCCCGUGACCUGCAAUUCAGUGAAAUUGGGGAAACGUCAGCCAGAGUCGACUGGGUGCCACCGCCAUCCAGGGUGGACAGCUUCAAAAUUUCCUACCAGCUAGCAGAUGGAGGAGAGCCACAGAGCAUUCUAGUGGACGGCCGGACCCAGACCCAGACCCUCCAGGGGCUGACCCCAGACGCUCGCUACGAGGUGACCGUGGUCUCCGUCCGUGGCUUUGAGGAGAGUGAGCCUCUCACAGGCUUCCUGACUACGGUUCCCGACGGCCCCACCCAGCUGCGUGCGCUGAACUUGACGGAUGGGUCCGCCCUCCUGCACUGGAAGCCCCCCCACAAGCCCGUGGACCAGUACAACGUCCAGGUCGCGUCGCCUGGGGCCCCACCCCUGCAGGCCUCAGCACCGGGCAGCGCUGUGGACUACCCGCUGACGGACCUGGCGGUGGACACCAACUACACAGCCACCGUGCGCGGUCUCCGGGGUCCUAACUUCACCUCCCCAGCCAGCAUUACCUUCACCACAGGGCUGAAAGCCCCCCAGGACUUAGAGGCCAAGGAAGUGACCCCUCGCACGGCGCUGCUCACUUGGACCGAGCCCGAAGUCCCACCCACAGGCUACCUGCUCAGCUAUGACACCCCCGGAGGACAGAUCCAGGAAAUCCUGCUCCCGGCGGGGACCACCUCACACCGGCUCCUCCGGCUCUUCCCCUCCACCUUCUACAGUGCCCAGCUCCGGGCCGUUUGGGGCGAGAGCCUCACGCCGCCCGUGUCCACUUCCUUUACUACUGGUGGGCUGCGGAUCCCCUUCCCCCGGGACUGUGGGGAGGAGAUGCAGAACGGGCCCAGCGCCUCGAGGGCCACCACCGUCUUCCUCAACGGCAACCGAGAGCGGCCUUUGGAUGUGUUUUGUGACAUGGAGACUGAUGGAGGCGGCUGGCUGGUGUUCCAGCGCCGCAUGGACGGACGGACGGACUUCUGGAGAGACUGGGAGGAGUACGCCCAGGGGUUUGGGAACGUCUCCAGGGAGUUCUGGCUGGGCAACGAGGUCCUACACAGUCUGACACAGGCUGGAGACUACUCGAUGCGCGUGGACCUGCGGGCUGGAAGUGAAGCUGUGUUUGCCCAGUAUGACUUUUUCCGGGUAGACUCAGCAGCGGAGAACUACCGUCUACACCUGGAGGGCUACCACGGCACCGCAGGCGACUCUAUGAGCUACCACAGCGGCAGCGUCUUUUCCACCCGUGAUCGGGACCCCAACAACUUGCUCAUCCCCUGCGCUGUCUCCUAUCGUGGGGCUUGGUGGUACCGGAACUGCCACUAUGCCAACCUCAACGGGCUCUAUGGCAGCACGGUGGACCACCAGGGAGUGAGCUGGUACCACUGGAAGGGCUUCGAGUUCUCGGUGCCCUUCACGGAAAUGAAGCUGAGACCCAGAAACUUCCAGGCCCCCACCGGGGGCAGCUGAGCCCCGCCUGCCGCCCAAUUCGCUCACACUUGCCGAGCACUGAGGGGUCGAGCCCGGAGAAGAGCCAGUGUGCCUCUACUGCCUGGCUCGCCGAGGAAGCCUUCUCUACCGCGACCUCACAGCACCAUGUUUACAGGGGGGGGAGGGAGGGGAGGGGUUC